CGUGCUACAAAUUAUACAAUACUUUCGGCACAUUUACAGCUUUAACAUGUGGAAAAUGUGGAAAGAACUUCGGCUGAUAGGUAGUAUGGCAAGGCAAAGAAGUACGGCUCUCCAGACGAAGCCUACCAUGUACCGCUUGUUUUGCUCCGGCGCCGCCCAGCCCGACAAUGAAUCGUUCCUUAUUUACGAUAAGGAUCCGGCACCUGCGUUCAUGAGGGACGAUGUACAACAGCUAUUGAAAUCCAUCACACGUCUCGAGCUGGACAAAGUUUUCCGGAAACGGUCGGUAAAAGACAAUACGGUCGAGUAUCGCUUCAUGACGGAUGAACAGUUACGCCAGGAGCUGCUUAAAUCGAUCGGAGAUGCCCAAACAAUGUUACAGAUGCCACCAGUCGUGCAGGAACAGAAAGACAUUUGUAGAAUCAUUUCGAAAGACGGUGCGUUGAAGGCGCUGUCUACGUCGAAGUUUGUCUUUACCGACAUUACGUACGGUUUGAAGAACAGCCAGCGAUCGAUUGUGGUGCGCCAUCCGGAUGGAACGUUGCAGGAAGCUCCGUACGAGAUGAGAAAACGGUUGAAUCAGAUCUACUUUCCACUUAAUGGACGCUCCAUUCAUCAGCCGCCAAUGUUCGAACACGUAUAUCUGCAACGGCUGCUCGAGGAGGGCAAGUACGAGUUCAUCCUGGAUCGGGCCUGCGUGCAGUUUGAACCAUACGAAAAAGAGUACCAUCGAAUCACGGCCAACGUUUACCAACACAUCAACGAACACCGAUCCUUCGAUGCAUUGCGCUCAACGCGUCACUUCGGUCCGUUUGCAUUCUUUCUUGCUUGGCAUAAACUAAUCGACGAUCUGCUACUUGACAUGGUCAAGCAGGACUACCUGCGGAACGGAAUAGAGCUGAUCGUGCUCUUCUCAACGCUACAUGGUACCGCGAUCGAUGGGAGCGUGAAGCAGAUCGCACUAGAAACUCAAAUGCCUAGCCUUUUUGAUGCACCCGAAAAAUCGAUCGAUGAGCUGAAACAAGAUGAGCUAUUCCUGAGCAUAAUCGAACAAUUUGUUAAAGAACAUGCUACAAAGAAGGUGCAAUUAAACCUCUCUGUACAGGCGUACCGAGAAAUGGCAAUGGAGAAACUACGGAUUGCCGAGGGCAUAAGGAGAAUGCAUGGUGAGAGCUGAGGUGAUGAAGAGUGUGUUACGAAACAGGGUGGCAUGUAGCGUAGGAAUGAAAAAAUAAAACGAAAAAUUCCUACAGUUCCGGAAGUACACAGAUUCGAUGAUUACAUUGCGACCUUCGCAUAAUUUACCGUACUGCAGGCAGAGCUACCGCUGUUCACCAAAGGGUAAUUAACACUUUCAUCGCCGCAUCACCCAAAUUUGGUUGAUGCUCUUUGGUUGAGAAAGGGUUGUAGUAAAGUUACAAUAAAACACAUUCUCCCAUAG